AUGUGGAAGCUAUCCCGUUUCCGCUCGUUAUUUCAUCUCCCUAUUCGCAGCGGAUUGACCCGUGGUUCUCGAGGUUUCAUGAACUCAACGGCACCUAGGGAUGAACACGCGGUACACGACACCAAGUUGAAUACGCACGGCCGGGACGAUCUAUUCAGAUAUACCUCUGGACGGUGGUUGAUCAAUGAGAAACAUCAACUUGAUCAGCGUUUCGUGGAAUUUAGCAUUGACAAGCUAUGUUCCCGUGCUGCUGCUAUAUUUGGACCUAAAACGAAAUGUGUGCGGGUUGUCAAGAUUGAGGGAAAUUCUAACAAGGCCUUUCUUCUUACGAUGGACGAUGGGAACGAAGUGAUAGCGAAGAUCCCCUGUCCCAAUGCUGGAGCUCCAUUGUUAACAACAGCCUCCGAGGUAGCAACGUUGAAGUUCUUGCGAUCUCGCAUAUCAAUUCGAGUACCCGAAGUAUAUGUCUGGGACUCGGACUCAUCAAACCCAGUGGGAGCAGAAUAUAUCAUUAUGGAAAAGAUCUGUGGAGUUGCUCUUGCAGAGAAAUGGGAGUCAAUGAAUUCGUUGCAACGCUACGAGAUAAUUAACCAAAUUGUGAAAAUGGAAACAGAAUUUAGGAGCUUGAAAUUACCAGCAUACGGCAGACUCUUCCUACGAGAUUCUCUACCACCUGAAUACCACCGUUAUCCACUCCCCUCGGAUUUGGACUCAGAUGGGUUGUUCUGCAUUGGCCCAUCGAACAGUCGACUGUUGUGUCAUAAUAAGCCUACAGAAGUAUCCAAAUCUAUUGUUGGGCCAUGGGAUACGAUUUCGGAUUUUGCGCUAUCUAUACCGCAGAAAGAACUAGCCCUAAUUGCUAUGGAGAGGGACAGAGUUCAAUCCCUUCUUAAUCGGUUCGAUACUCACCAGUCUGUCGACGAGUAUUCUGAUCUAUUACAAAAGGCGACACAGGUACUUCCUUACCUAUCAAAGGACCUAGAGGUACUUAAAUGGUCAGAUUCAGUCAUCUGGCAUAAUGACCUCCAUUUGGGGAAUAUAUAUAUUUCUCCUGACGAUCCGACUAAAAUUCAAGGCGUGAUUGAUUGGCAGUCAAUUGAAGCAAGCCCGCUAUUUACGCAGGUGCAGUUUCCCGAGUUCCUUCGGCCACCAAAAAGUUACUGCCCGGGAACGGAGAUACCCAAAUUACCAGAUAAUUUCGACGACUUAAACAUUGAGGAGAAAGAGACUGCUAAGGAAGAGCACACUCUAGCUACUCAAUCGAAGUACUAUGAAAUGUACUGCCUUGGGUACAAUAUACCUGUAUAUAAUGCAAUGAAACUGGAUCGACGGCUAUGGGAACCCUUUAUGUAUUGCGAACUUCCCUCAACGGGAUACUUAGUUCCACUACGAAACUCCCUUAUUCGGAUUUUCCAAGACUGGAACCUCCUUGGAUUUUCGGGUAGCUGCCCGUUUGAAUUUACUAAGGAAGACUUAAAAAGGCAUAACGAGCAAGCCCAAUGCUAUGAGGAUAACCGUUAUUUAUUAGAUAUCAUCAAAGGCCAACUUCGUAUCGAUGACAACGGCUGGGUCCCAAUCGAGAGGUGGGAGGCAACAAACAAGAUGAACGAGUAUCUUUUUGAUACUUACAUCAAGACCAUGAGCGAAGAGAUGUCACCGGAGAUGGCGAAGAAAGCUUGGCCCUUUCCUACUAAAGGUGUCUGA